AUGGUUCGCUAUUCACUUGACGCAGAAAACCCCACAAAAUCACGCAAAUCGAGAGGUUCAAAUCUUCGUGUUCACUUUAAGAACACUCGUGAAACAGCCCAGGCCAGUAAGGGUAGGCCUAUCCGAAAGGCCACCGAGUAUCUGACGGCUGUCACUUUAAAGAAGCAACGUGUGACGUUCCGUCGUUACAGUGGUGGAGUUGGUAGGUGUGCCCAGGCCAAACAGUGGGGCUGGACGCAGGGUCGGUGGCCCAAAAAGAGUGCUGAAUUUUUACUGCACAUGCUCAAAAAUGCAGAGAGUAAUGCUGAACUUGAGGGCUUAGAUGUAGAUUCUCUGGUCAUUGAGCACAUCCAGGUGAACAAAGCCCACAAGAUGCGGCGCAGGACUUACAGAGCUCAUGGUCGGAUCAACCCAUACAUGAGCUCUCCCUGCCACACUGAGAUGAUCCUUACUGAAAAAGAACAGAUUGCUCCUAAACCAGAAGAGGAGGUUGCCCAGAAGAAAAAGAUAUCCCAGAAGAAAUUGAAGAAACAAAAACUUAUGGCCCGGGAAUAAAUGCUGCAAAAAAUAAAUGCAAA